GCGCGGGCGGCGCUGCCUCAGACCCGCGCUGUCGGCUUUAGAAGUACAGCAUUCGUCAUGUCUGGCCGUGGCAAGGGCGGUAAGGGGCUCGGCAAGGGCGGUGCCAAGCGCCACCGCAAGGUGCUGCGCGACAACAUCCAGGGCAUCACCAAGCCGGCCAUCCGCCGCCUGGCUCGGCGCGGCGGCGUCAAGCGCAUCUCGGGGCUGAUCUACGAGGAGACUCGCGGCGUGCUGAAGGUGUUCCUGGAGAACGUGAUCCGCGACGCUGUCACCUACACGGAGCACGCCAAGAGGAAGACUGUCACAGCCAUGGACGUAGUCUACGCUCUCAAGCGCCAAGGUCGCACUCUCUACGGCUUCGGCGGCUAAAGCGUCUCCUUCCUGCCGGAUCCCCGCAACAAUACACCCAAAGGCUCUUUUAAGAGCCACCCACCUAUUUCUUAAAAAGAGCUGUAUUACAAUGUUACAGAGACCUGAAGAAAAACAUACUGUUUUCUAAAUGCUUCCGAAACUGUCAACGUAAUGCCAUCAAUGCUUAGGAGACCUCUCAAGUAUGUUUGCUGUUAACAGGGAAUUUGGCUUGGCCAUAUAGGGUGGUUCUUUUGUGUUUCAAAUUCUCUUCAAAAUUUGCUUCAUAUACUCAAAAUUCAAGGUGUGUUUUCUCAAUGUCCACCUAUCAAACAACUAUGUAAAAUGUUAUUCCAUGUCUUGAUAUUUUAAAUUUUAUGUUGAAUUUAAAUAUUAAGAAAUUUGAAUGCAUAUUUUGAGUCUGGAAAAAUCGGAAUGAUGUUGCCCUGAGAUGAAUGUUUUCUUCUGGUAUUUCUAUUCCCCCGCCCUUAUUUCCUUGCCUAUGAUUUAUUUACAUUUAAAAUAAAAGAGUAAAUCUAAAACUUUUCCGGUGAU